AACUCAUUGCGCGAUUAGAAACUCGUUGGUUGUGACCUUUUCAACGCCUCGUUUGUUGGAUCAUGCUCUCCUCGUGGAUCUGGCUCUGCGCCCUCUCCACGGUAGUGAUGGCAUUUCGUCAACUUGAAGAUGACCAAGCGCUGCAGCAGGAAGUGGAGUUCUUUGACCGUCCAUUGACACCAAGCUUUCGCCCAGAGAGGCUCAUCUCGGAUGAUGAGAAGGUCCCGCCCAUUCCCAGUGCCCUGCUGGAGCAGCAGGGGUGCUCCAAGCAGUACAACUCGACGGGGAAGCUCCUGGGGGAGGGCAACUGGGGCAAAGUCUAUGAGGUGGAGGAACAAGGAUCAAAGAAGCACUUUGCCUUGAAAAUGGUCUCGGCCUCCUCGCAGCAGGGCAAAGCUGUAAUGGAACAUGAGGCUCAGGUUAUGCUGGCAGCAAAUCAGCAUUCUUGCUCCCAUGUGAUUCCACUGAUCACGCCGGCCCCUUGUGUGGAUGGGAAGCAGCAGCACUACUCCUUCGUCACAACUCUGCUCCCAUAUGAUUUAUUCAAAUGGCGAAAUCAACAAACAUCACGGGUGAAGCUGCAGCACUGCUACCCUGUGGUGGCCAGGGCCGUUUAUGAUGGCUUGAAGUGCCUGCACGCAUCAGGCUACAUUCAUUGAGAUUUGAAAGACGACAACAUUCUCUUCAAAGAUUUUGAUGCAGAUGGUUGCCCGAGCGGUAUCGUGCUGGGUGAUCUCAGCCUUGCCCAACAGAUCGGGAGUUCGAUCUACAAAUUUGCCGCAUCGAAUUACGCUGGUUCCUCCCAUCUGGUUGCCAGCCUCUUUGAUGGCCAAAGUGACCCUCUCGGCAUCAACACCAUGGUUCGGGUCCGAGGAACUUACGUCAACGGAGCCAUUGUGCAGGCCAAAAUUGACUACUGCUCUUGGGCCAUGAUGGUCACAUACAUCUUCGGCCUUCCCGAGGACAAGGAUCUCACGAAGAUGCUUGGGAAGGGUAGUUGUGGACCCAUGGGCCCUGGAAGACGCAAGCUCUACCCCUGAGAGACAGACCGCCGGGCCCGGGUGAACUGCAGAAAAAAAGGGGUGGCCUUUUGAGUGGAAGAUGUGGAAGAUUCG